AUGAGAGUUUGCACAUCAUCUAAAGUAAAAAAUUAUGAAAUAAACAGAACUUUGAUGCCGUACAAGUAGUAGGACAAAAUUAUUAAUUUAGAGUUCAUAUAGUGGCAUUACUUUUGCCAAAGAAUUAUCAUAAUUUAUUUGACUUUGAUUCCAAAUCAUAUUUUGUUAAAGAAAUCGAAGUUGACUUUCGUGUAUUUUAAUAAGAUCUAAACUUUUAGCUUUAAUAACAAUCUAAACAGAAUAUGCUGAAAAUUCAACUGAAUUAGUGAAUAUUACAAUGAAUUUAUA